AUGGGGAGAGCUCCUUGCUGUGACAAAGCAAACGUGAAGAAAGGACCAUGGUCUCCUGAAGAAGACUCAAAGCUCAAGGAUUACAUUGAGAAAUAUGGAACUGGUGGGAAUUGGAUUGCUCUCCCUCACAAAGCUGGCCUUAAAAGAUGUGGCAAGAGCUGCAGGUUGAGGUGGCUUAACUAUCUCAGGCCCAACAUUAAACAUGGCGAGUUCACUGAUGAUGAAGAUAGGAUUAUCUGCACCCUCUUCGCUACCAUUGGAAGCAGAUGGUCAAUAAUUGCUGCUCAGUUACCAGGCAGGACUGACAAUGAUAUCAAAAACCACUGGAACACCAAACUUAAGAAGAAGCUCAUGGCCAUGACUAAUACUUCUCAAGCACAGAGAAAACCACCUCCAUUUCCAUAUUCUCAUCAAGCUCCACCAGCUUCAUCACGGUACAAAGGUUGCACUUCUUAUUACACUCCAAUCUGCACAUCUUUGACACCCUUCGAACCCAUGUCAUCGUCCCAACCGUCCCUUUUGAACAAUGAUCACACUACCUUGGCAACCAAUUCCUCUCUUAUUCAAACCCCAGAGAGUUUGGUGAAUCAUAUGAUACAGAAUUAUCCAAUGAAAGAAAAUUUUCUCAUGUUUGGGAGUGAACCAAGCUGCACUUCCUCUGAUGGUUGUAGCUAUGGCAGAGAGAUGAAGCAAGAAUAUAUGAGCUUUCAGGGUUUGGGAGCCUAUAAUGGGGGGUGUGAAGAUAAUCAAAGAUUCAUGUUAAACUAUGGCACCAGCAAUGGAGGUGAAAAUGUUAACCAAUGGAUUGAGAAACCAAGUGGAUACUAUGGAGAAUGCCCAUUAGAUUAUAAUCUCGAAGAUGUUAAGCGGCUGAUUAGCUCUAGUGGUAACAAUUGGUGUGACAACAACAGCUUCAGCUUCGUUGAUGAAAACAACACACAAGAUAAAGUCAUGUACUACUACUGA